CGCGCCUGCGUACGACAGUCGCCGCACGUAAUAAGUCGAUGUUGUAGAAGAUCGUUGUACGAGUUUUUCAGCAAAAUUAUCAUAUCGGUGCUGCCGUAUGAACCCUUAAGAGGCACCACGAGGCAGUAAUAGAGAUGGCUUGCAAAAGAACAGCUGGCAAUGAUCUAAAUCAUGAGAACUGGAACAACAAAGAGCCUACCGAAGAUGCGGGUACCUUUAGAAAAGCAUCCAAAGAAGUAUUAGAAAACAGAGUCGUCAAAGCGGCUCGGCGAAGGUUACCCCUGAACAGCGACGGCACGAAAAAAAAUGCAUUUGGAACGUUUACAGGUUUUAAAACCGCUACUUCAAAUUCGUCGCCGUUUAGUUUUUUAACUAAUGCGAAAAAAGAUGAAGAUAACGAGUCUGCUGUAAAGAUGAUUUUAAAUAAGAAUGUAACGAUCAAUGGUUCGUCCGAUUCGGUAGAGAAAAAGACAGAUUUACGGUCAAAAGAGGGUUCACCCGUAAAACAAGAUCGAGUCACUCCCGAAUCCGUAGAAGAUAAUACAAGAAUUUUUAAAACAUCCUCCACUUAUUACGCAAAAUUGAAAGGAUUAAAUGUUAGCGUAGCUCAAUGGAUUAAAAGUCAUGUCGAUUCGAACCCUUUUUGUAUUCUGACUCCCAUCUUUAAGGAUUAUGAAAAAUAUUUAGAUGAAAUAGAAGCUGAACGUGGACACAGCGAAGAAGAAGAAAAUGUUAAAGAAAGUAUAAGACAAUCUAGCGAUGAAAACAAUGUAAAAGAAACAUCUGAAAGUAAGGAAACAAAGUCUGAAAAUCCUGUCUUUAAAAAUACGGGUACGGAAUCAUCUUCGGUAUCCUCACAAUGGAAGGUAGAGACAUCUAUAUUUGGCAGUGCGAAUAAUAAAUCAAUUUUUGGUAAUACCGGUGAUGGAAAAGGUAUAUUCGGCAAUUUGAACCCUCAAAAUAAUCCAUUUUUAAGCAAACCUUCUAACAGUUCGGAAGAUCAGCCAGAAACUGAUUCACAAAAAUCUGAAGAAAAAUCGCAACAAAGUAAUAUAUCUCAAAAUAGCAAAGUCGGAUCAAUUUUUAGUUUCGGUCAAAGCUCGGCUGCAAGUACAGCGUCCGCUGGAUUCAGCUUUGGAAGUUCCAUACCUUUUUCAUUCGGAUCUCAAGUAAUUCAGCCUUUACAUUCUGAAGAAGUAAAAGAAAGCGAAGACAAGGAGGAAGAUGAAGAGCCCCCUAAACCGGAAUUCAAGCGAGUCACGGAAGAAGGUGCAAUUUAUGAACAACGGUGUAAGGUGUUUGUGAAAAAAGAUAGUAGCUAUAGCGACAAGGGUGUAGGAACGUUAUUUUUAAAGCCCACACCUAAGGGUAAGACACAACUAAUAGUACGCGCUAAUGAUUCGCUCGGAAAUUUAUUGAUCAAUACUCUCUUGACUGAAAAUAUUCCGACGAAGCGUAUGACCCGGAAUUCCGUGAUGAUGGUUUGUUUACCAUUACCUGACGCUCAGCCUCCUCCUACUCUAGUUUUAUUAAGAGUUAAAACCACAGAAGAUGCGGAUGCUCUGCUGGAAAUACUGGAAAAGCAUAAAAAAUAAAUAUACGAAAGAUAUCAAUUACUUCAGAUACAUAAAGAAUGCAACAAACAGAUUAAAUAUCUUACAAGAACAUUCUAUUAGCAAAUAAAUGAAGAACAAAGUUGGGUAGAUGAACUGUUCAUAAGAGAGGCACGAGAGGCAAAAAUCAUAUUUUGAAUCACUGAUUUCAUAUCAAUGUUGCAACUUGAAAAAUUUCUUUUAUUACAUGGUUUUUGAUUAUUUAGACAAAUCUAUUUUUUAUUUUUUAUUUUUCAAACGAUCUAGUAUUGACAAAGUUGGUUUAAAAUUUCGAUUAAUAUUAAUUUCUAUUUACAAUUAAAUUUCCAUGAAACGGAUUAAAUGCAGAUGAAAUCAUAAUUUUUCCCUUCGAUAAAUUUAUUUAACUUUAUACUAUGUAGAAGUAAUACUUUACGAUAACUUUGUUAAAACGUACAUGUAUAGGAACGUAUAUUCAGUGCAAUUUCUAUCACACUGCAAAGAAAAUACUCGAUUGUGAAGUUUAUUUUAAGAAAUUAUUUGCCUUGAAAAUUUUCGUUCUCAGUGUCUUAUCGGACAUCUAAACUUCCUUACUUUUAUUUCAUAUAAAAUCAUGAAAUUUAAAUUUUAUCAAACUAUUCGCUUAACGUUUUUUACUUACGAUGGAAGCACAUGUGUCCACGCGCGAGUGCCUGUGCAUUGUAGAUGUAUGGAAAAUACAUUUCCUCUUAUACUUGGUAUUAAUGGACGUAAUCAAUAAUAAAAUGUCAAGACUACCUUAGAUAAUCUGCAUAUAAAUAAAAAUGUCUACAAGAAAUUACUCUCAG